AUGGCUAACAACAUCAAGAUCUCUCUUUCUCUAAGCUUUCUUCUUCUCUUCCAUGGAUGCCUUGCUUUCCAACCAUUCCAACAACAGCAACAACAAAAUGAGUGCCAAAUUCAAAGGAUUAAUGCGGUUGAACCUAAUCAAGUUAUUCAAGCUGAAGCUGGUUACACCGAGUUCUUUGAUGCCAAUGAGCAGCAAUUUAGGUGUGCCGGUGUUGAGGUCAUUCGUCACCAUAUCCAACCACAAGGGCUUCUCUUGCCUUCUUAUGUGAACACCCCACUCAUGGUCUACAUUCUCCAAGGAAGAGGUUAUCAAGGCAUAAUGUUCCCUGGGUGCCCGGAAACAUACCAGUCAUCCCAACAAGUAUCACAAGAAUCAUUCGGAGAUCGCCACCAGAAGAUCCGUCACUUCCGUCAAGGUGAUGUCAUUGUCAUCCCCACCGGCGCUCCUCACUGGAUGUAUAACGAUGGACAAGAAGAGAUUGUUGCUGUUGUUUUGCUCGACUCCACCAACGCCGAAAACCAGCUCGACCAGUUCCACAGGAGAUUCUUCCUUGCUGGAAACCCGCAACAAGGACAAAAGCAACAACAACAUCCUGAAGAGGGUUCAGCCAACAUUUUCCGUGGAUUCGAUCUCGAAAUCCUUCAAGAGGCAUUCAAUGUUGACCAAGAAACAGCUCAGAGGCUUCAAAGCCCAGAUGACAACAGAGGUCACAUUGUGAAGGUGGAAAGAGGUCUUCAAGUUGUUAAACCACCAACUAGAUUUGAACAACAAGAAUAUCAACAAGGUGGACGUAACGGUAUCGAAGAAACCGUUUGUUCAGCCACGAUUACAGCCAACAUCAACGAUGUGUCUCGGGCCGAUUUCUUUAACCCACAAGCUGGAUGGUGUUCCAACCUCAACAGCUUCAAACUCCCCAUUCUCCAAAUGGUCCAACUUAGUGCCGAGAGAGGAGUUCUUAACAGGAAUGCUGUAGUGUCACCAUACUGGGUCACAAAUGCACACAGCAUCAUCCACGUGACACAAGGAAACAUGAGGAUGCAGAUAGUGAACCACCAAGGACAAGCCGUGUUUGACGACCAGAUCCAAGAGGGUCAGAUAGUGGUGGUGCCACAGAACUUUGCUGUUGCCAAACGGGCCGGAGAACAAGGGUGCCAAUGGAUCUCUUUCAGGACUAAUGACAACGCCAUGGUUAGCUCAUUGGCGGGUCGCACUUCGGCUAUAAGGGCAAUGCCGCUCAGUGUGCUCGCGAACGCGUUCCGUUUGUCGGAGCAAGAGGCUUGGAGCUUGAAGAACAACAGGCAGGAAACUAUGAUGUUUAGCCCGAUUAGUUCGAGGCCAUACUAGGGGAUCCUGCUGUAAAAGGAGCAGCAGGUUGUAUGUUUUGGAAUAAUUAAUAAAAACUUUGAUGUUUUACCGUCGA